AUGCCCUGGUGCCCUCUGCUUCCAGCUGCUGUUGGAUUUCUGACUGUGUCCAGCAUCAUCACCAUGUCUGCGCCUUUCUUCUUGGGAAGAAUCAUUGAUGUUAUUUAUACAGACCUGACUGUAGACUACACUAGCAAGCUGACUAGCCUCUGUCUUGCCCUCAGUGGAGUGUUUCUUUGUGGAGCAGCUGCCAAUGCCACCCGUGUCUACCUCAUGCAGACCACAGGUCAGCGCAUUGUGAAUCAAUUGAGAGUGUCUUUAUUUUCCUCUGUUUUGAGGCAAGAAGUUGCUUUUCUUGACAAGACUCGUACAGGGGAGUUGAUUAACCGCCUCUCAUCAGAUACUGCACUCCUGGGACGUUCAGUGACGGAAAACCUCUCAGAUGGCCUCAGGGCCGGGGCCCAGGCUUCUAUUGGCAUCGGCAUGAUGUUUAUAAUCACACAGGAGUUUGCCUUUCUCUUGAGGAUUGUGCCUCCAAUAUCCAUCCUUGCUGUGAUUUAUGGACGAUAUCUACGGAAACUAACCAAAGUCACCCAGGAUUCCCUGGCACAGGCCACUCAGCUAGCAGAGGAAUGUAUUGGAAAUAUAAGAACAGUUCGAGCUUUUGGGAAAGAAAGCCUAGAAAUGAACAAGUACAGCGUCUCCGUGGAUCACGUGAUGCAGCUGGCAAGGAGGGAAGCACUUGCACGGGCUGGCUUCUUUGGAGCAGUGGGACUCUCUGGGAACCUGAUUGUGCUCUCUGUCCUGUACAAAGGAGGACUACUGAUGGCCAAUGCCCACAUGACAGUGGGGGAGCUCUCUUCCUUCCUCAUGUAUGCUUUCUGGGUUGGACUGAGCAUUGGAGGUCUGAGUUCCUUCUACUCGGAGCUGAUGAAAGGACUGGGUGCUGGAGGACGUCUCUGGGAACUCCUGGAGAGAAAGCCUGUGCUACCCUUCAAUGAAGGUGUCAGUCUAAAUGAGAAGGCCUUCCACGGCACCUUGGAAUUUAAGAAUGUGGAUUUUGCAUAUCCAGCCCGUCCAGAAGUGCCCAUUUUCCAGGACUUCAGUCUUGUUCUCCCAUCAGGAUCUGUCACAGCACUAGUUGGUUCCAGUGGGUCGGGCAAGUCCACAGUGGUCUCACUCCUGCUGAGGCUGUAUGACCCCCAUUCUGGGACUGUCAGUCUUGAUGGCCAUGAUAUCCGUCAGCUAAAUCCAGUCUGGCUGAGAUCCAAGAUUGGCACAGUGAGUCAGGAACCAAUUUUGUUUUCCUGUACAAUUGCUGAGAACAUUGCUUAUGGUGCAGACGACCCUACCCAUGUGACUGCCAAGCAAGUGGAAAGGGCAGCUGAUAUGGCCAAUGCAGCCACCUUCAUUAAACAUUUUCCUGAUGGAUUUAAUACUGUGGUUGGGGAAAAGGGAAUUCUCCUUUCAGGUGGACAGAAACAGCGGAUUGCAAUUGCACGUGCUCUGCUCAAGAAUCCCAAAAUCCUUCUUCUAGAUGAAGCAACCAGUGCAUUGGAUGCUGAGAAUGAGUACCUUGUACAAGAAGCGCUGGAUCGGAUAAUGAAAGGAAGAACUGUGUUAAUUAUUGCCCAUCGGCUGUCCACCAUUAAGAAUGCCAAUAUGGUUGCUGUUCUUAACCAAGGAAAGAUUACUGAAUUUGGGAAACAUGAAGAACUGCUUUCAAAACCAGAUGGUAUAUACAGAAAGUUAAUGAACAAACAAAGCUUUAUGUCAUCAUAA